GAGAAUGCUGAAAAAUUACUGACACUGAAAAUAGUGAAAAUUGAAAAUGCACUAAAAAUCUGUUUUCGUUAUGGCAGCCGCAGCUGGAAAUUAUAAACGUAUCUUGCAAUUAUUAGAAAAGUGGCCCAUAGAUAAAAGUAAAGUCGGUGGAAGGGACCUAGGCGAAUUUUUGAGAAAUUACAUAAAUACAGCGUACAAGGAAAACAAAUUUGAAACGAAUUACAAAUACUGGGACAGACAGUACCUUGCCAUACACAAAUUAGUUUCUAACGAAAACAAAAAUAAAUACAGACGAUUGUUGUCAUCCUCGGCUACCGGUCUCACCGGUGAACAGUGCCACGAAGUUUUGUCGAACGAAUUCUUAGAAGAACUAAAGAAAGAAGAGCGGUCUUUCUUGAAAAAAUUGUUUUCCUUGAAGAAAGAUACAGAGUAAUGAUUGGAACAAUGAAAGGCACUCUUAGAUUUAGCUUUUUAAGAAAAUUAAGUACAGUCGCUGAGAAAUGUGCUGAGCACAAACCGGCACAUAUCGCUGUACUGGCCGAAGAAGCUUUACAUUAUCUAAAACCUGAAAAAGAUCAAGUCAUUUUAGACAUGACAUUUGGUGCAGGGGGUCAUAGUAGAAGAAUAUUAGAAUCCGCACCAAACAUAAAACUGCUUGCAUUAGAUAGAGAUCCAACAGCUUUUCAGUAUGCGCAGAAGUUGUCUGAAGAGUAUCCACAUCAGGUGACACCACUACUGGGAUGUUUCUCUGAACUACCAAACUUACUCAAAGCGGAAAGUGUUAAGCAGAAUUCAAUCGACAGUAUUAUUUUUGACUUCGGAUGCUCUUCUAUGCAGUUCGAUGAAGCCGAGAGGGGGUUUUCCGUUUCCAAAAAUGGUCCUUUGGAUAUGCGAAUGGAUGGAAAUAGAUGUCCGGAUUCUCCGACUGCCAGCGAUGUAUUAGCUAAAGCGAGCGAAGAAGACAUAUACAAAAUAAUAAAGUAUUACGGAGAAGAAAAACAAGCAAGAAAAAUUGCCAGAGCCAUAAUCGACGCCAGGUACUUAUUCAAAAAACUUACAACGACAGAAGAAUUAGCCGACUUAGUAGAAUCGGUGUGUACGGAAGACUUCCGUUUCGAUAAACUGCAAAGGCGCACCCACGUGGCCACCAAAACCUUCCAAGCUCUGAGGAUAUUCGUCAACAACGAACUGAACGAAAUCAAUUACGGACUGAUCCUCGCCCAUCGUUAUCUUAAAAUCGGCGGAAGGAUUGUUACGAUAACUUUCCAAUCGUUAGAGGAUACGAUAGUAAAGAGGCAUUUGUCUGGGAAUCUGAUAGAGAACACGGCCAAUCCCUUACCUUUGAAGUACAGCAGUCAUAUGAACGUCGGGAAUGAGGAACUGAUCGAAGACCUGAUGGAUCCGAAUUGGAAGCUUCUGCAUAAGCAUGUGAUUGUUCCGAAAUACGAGGAGGUGGAGAACAAUCCGAGGAGUAGGUCGGCCAAGCUCCGAGCGGCAGUGAAAGUUAAGUAGAUGUUUCAGGUAUAUUUGUUUAUUCAAUAAAAUGUGGGAAAACUAGUAUUUCCAAGACA